AUGCAACGACGCGAAUCGGUGGAGCAGAAAGUGUCUCGUUUCUAUCCAGUAGAGAAGCCGGCCGCGCUCAUAGAUGCGAAAUCCCCACGUAAACAAAAGACGAGGCAUAGCUCAAACCCGCCUGUCGAAAUGCCAGUGGCAUGGGUACUUGGUCGUGACGAAGCCCCACCACCUGCACCGGUUGGAAUUGCUGCUAGUAGCAGUCAAAUUCCUCCAGCACAUCCCUCGGUUUCUUUAUUGCAAGAGGAUAAUUUCGUUCAAAACGUAUACUCCACCUGGAGGCAGUCUUGCUUGAAACAGCGGAAAAACCUUGGUUAUGACUGCGCGGAGAUGAAUACGUUAUAUCGCUUCUGGUCAUUCUUUUUAAGAGAUAAUUUUAAUCGAAAAAUGUAUGAAGAGUUUCGUCAGCUCGCACUGGAGGAUGACGAAAAAGGUUUCCGAUAUGGUAUAGAAGCUCUGUUCCGCUUCUACAGCUACGGGCUAGAGAAGAAGUUCCGACCGGAAAUUUACAAAAAUUUUGUGAAGGACUGUAUCGGUGAUGUUAAAAAUGGGCAGUUAUAUGGUCUAGAAAAGUUCUUCAUGUUCAUGAAACGGUGUAAAAUAGCCAAACAGCUUGUUGUUGAUCCAUUUCUGCAAAAGGAACUUGAAAAGUAUAAAACUGCCGACGACUUUUAUAUUACAAGUGCCGAUGAUAAGAAGAAAGUUGCUGCCGCGAAAAAUUAA